UAUAAAUGUGGCUAGAAGCCAGAAGCAUGGCUUCGGGAAACUUAAGUCUGAGAGAAAUGGGGUGUAGCACUGGUAUCUUGACAGCGUUAAUGACUCCCCCUACCACAUUGUUUUUAGGCUCUCCCUCAAGUGUUGGAACCUGAACUGUGGUUCAGGGAAGGGAACCGUGGCUAGCUAAGGAGGCCAUGCUUCAUGUAACUUCUUCCAGAACUCAUGUCAACACCACGCCCUCAGCUGCUGGUGGCGGCUGCUCAGCAGACCCUGGGCACAGGAAAGAGAAAGGGCCCACCUAGAGCUGUCUGUCUUCACCUAGCCGGAGAGGUGCUGGCUGUGGCCCGCGGGCUGAAGCCAGCAGUUCUCUAUGAUUGCAACUCUGCUGGAGUAUUGGCGCUCCAGAGCUAUCUGGAGGCGCUGCAGGGCCUGGGCUUCCUGACGCCGGGACUUCACAUUCUUGAGAUUGGAGAGAAUAACCUCAUUGUCAGUCCUGAGCAUGCCUGUCAGCAUUUGGAGCAGGUACUGCUGGGUACCACAGCUUUAGUGGAUGUUUCCUGCUCACAGCCCCAUCCUUCUGUCUGUUCAUUGGACCAGCUCCAGGAUUUGAAAUCUCUCAUCGCUGAGAUCAUCACACAUUUUCAAGGACUGCAGAAGGAUGUGUCUCUGGGAGUCUCCUACAGCAAGCUGCAUUCCUCAGAUUGGAAUCUCUGCACUGUAUUUGGGAUACUCCUGGGCUAUCCUGUCUCUUACACAUUUCACCUGAACCAUGGAGGUGGCAACUGCUUGGCUAUGACCCCCUUGCGGGUGUUCACUGUUCAGAUUUCAUGGCUGCCUGGUCAACCUCCAAUUCUGCUCUACUCCUUUAGUGUUCCCGAGAGUUUGUUCCCAGCCCUGAGGGACUUUCUAAGCACCUGGGAGAAGGAGCUCAGAACCCGAUUUAGGACUCAGGGUGACUUUGGUGCCCUCAGCAUCUCCUCUGAGAUAGUCACACUGCCUGCUGUGGCCCUCUGACCUAGCUCUGCCGGUUGAGAAGGUAUCAGUGAAUGCUCACCUCUGGGUGGAAGAUGUCAGUUAGCAUCCUCCGAAGUGUUCAGUCACUCGGCCACGUGUGUGAAUGGGGAUAGCUGUUGGCCGUGGUAUGUUUUCCGUUUCUAUAUUAGGAGUUCACACGUACUUAGCAGAGGUGUCUGUUUGUUAGUCAUUGAAUAAGAAACAGAAGAAAAGAGUGGGAAAAGGAGCUAUGUGGAGACUAAGCAAUGUACCCUUGGAUGGUGGCAUGGCCUGCCCUAAGUGGAUAUUCCCUCGGGGAAAGGAGGAGGACUGGGUACUUGGAAUGUUUAUGUAGUUCUAACUGAAUUAGGAUAUGAGACUGUGAUGUUUAAGUGUCGUACUUGUGCUGGGUUUUUCAGGAAUAGACAGUUCUGAAGAAUAGUCUUGUGAGAUAAAGUUUAUUUACAGUGUGAUGAGAAAAAUUAAAACUAGGAAUCUGGAUUUUCUUGGAGAACCCAAGUUGUAAGGUAUCAAAACUCAAGUUUUUCAUGGAGUUGUUUGCUUCUGAACUUUACCCCAGACAGAUGCCAGAAGUUACUCAGAUCGCCAGGCUGUCUUUGUUUGCCAGGAACACUGCCAGUGCCGUAGCAAUCACCACCAUCAGCACUGGGAGCCAUUGGCCACAUUGCCGCUGUGUGGAAGGAGGUGGAGACAGGAGAGAGCAUCUGUGAGUUAGCUGGAGGAAAUAUGGGCGAGAAUAGUCCUUUGGUGUUCUAACCCAUUAGAAAACCUCACAUCGGUGGCAAAAAAGACUUUUUCUGUGUCUCCCUAUGUUCUGUCACUUCCCUUGAGAUAAAACCACUUUACUAGUGGCCUAGAGAUGCAUAUCCAAUAGGGGACAGAUAUUUAAAGGCUGAUAUGAAUAGAUAUAAAGAUAUAAAAUAAUUCAGCAAAAUAAUACUCUCUGUGUGCCUCAGUGCUUUUUAAGUCUUCCUCUUGUCAUUUUGUUCACAAUAAAUCAAAAGAGAACGCUUUCAUACUUGAGCCAACACAGGUUAAGUAUCAUUUUUCUGAAAUGCUUGGGAUUAGGAGUGUUUCAAAAAAAAAAAUUGGCAUUUUGUAAUAUUUGUAUAGACUUCACCAGUUGAGCAGACCUAAUAGAAAGGCAUCCUAAAUCCCACAUCCCAAAUGCGACAAAAUCAUCUGCAGCCUUUGAGCAUCAUGCUUGUGCAUGAACAGUAUGUUUUGGAUCUAGAACAUGUCAGGUUUUCAGAGUGCGCCCCAUCUAGUGUCUUACAGACUCAAGAGAUGCAUGAAAAUUGGGCAGAUCCUAGACAGCGGUUCUUUCCCAUUUAUUCAUAAGAUUUAUAUUAUUUCAUAUUGCUAUUGUUGGCACAAUGUAAAUCAGGUGGAACAGGACAGAAUGACCAGAUGUUGGUGUGGACUGAUAUAGACCGGGCAUUAAAAAGGAAAAAUGCCCCAAUGUCAUAGAGGGCUAUAGAGAGGAAUGGGCCCCCUUACUUGGGGCAGCAGCUCCUGGCUGUGGCUCAGGGCUUCUUGACAGUGCUGUAACUUUCAAAGACAGGAGAGGUACUUGUCACUGAGGAUGUCUAACUCUGAAUGCAGCUCUCUGCACUGGGGAUGACAGAACAGUGUCACCAAUUCAGUUUGGGACAUGGCUCUGGAAGAGGACUGGCCUGAGUACUAUACUCCUUCACCUGUUUUGAGUGAACCAUUCUUCCCAUUCUUCUCAGAGGUUUUAAUCUUCCUCCCAUUACAUAGUUUAUCUGGAAAAUGUUGAGUUAUAUGAUUGGUUAUGCUGCAUAUAUUACAUUUUACACAUGGCAAUGCUUAAUUUUUUUUACAUUAUUUGUUGUGUGUGUAUGUAUGUAUGUACAUAUGCAUGUAUGUAUGUAUAUAUGUAUGCUAAUAUCACAGUGCAUGUGUGGGAGUCAGAAGACAACCCUGGGAGUUACUUCUGGUCUUCUACCAUGUGGGUCCCAGGGAUUGAAUUUAGGUCAUCAGGCUUGACAGCAGGUACCUUUACCUGCUGAGCCAGCUUACUGGCCCCAAUACAUGCAAAUGCUUUUAUA